UCGGACUGGCAAACUGUGACAUGCAAACAAACAGAUGUGCUUGUCUUCAGGGAACGGGAAAUAGAGACCAGACUAUGGGUCUUAUUUAUGAAUAUCUGUGACAACUGUAAGAUUACGGUAUUGAAAGGGAAGUCGCACUGGAGGUCUAUCUUUCCUCAAUGCGACACACCUCUGAUUCUUUAGCACGGAGUAUCUGAGAAGAUAUUCUGAAAGGGAUGAAGCUCUCUCCUGUCCGUGGUUCCCCUCCAUUCGUGUCGGAUGGAUUUCCCGGUGAACAUUGCUUUGCUCAGCAGCAGCAACUACAGCGCUGGGGAAAACACUUCGGGCACAAGCCUAACGUUGGAAAUAGUCACCUUUUCCCCGGUGCUGACGAGCCUCAUCACGGAGCCAAGCCUCGCAAACGUCACGGGCGGAGGCGAUCCAGACCGAGAACACUCUCCUGUGCCAAGCAAGGAGGGGAACUCGGUCCUCCAGGGUGUCACCGUGGCUGCCCAGGCACUAGUUCUCCUGGCAAUAUUUCUCCUGUCCAGUUUAGGGAACUCUGCUGUGGUGAUAGUUAUAAUCAAACACCGCCAGCUGAGAACAGUCACCAACGCUUUCAUCAUGUCCCUCUCCCUAUCCGACUUCUUGACGGCCGUGCUUUGUUUACCCUUCUCGUUUAUGAUGCUCUUUAGUAAAGACGGAGUUUGGAUGUUUGGAGAUCGUUUCUGCGUCGCCAACGGCUUUUUUAACACGUGUUUUGGUAUUAUCUCCACCCUUACAAUGACUCUGAUAUCUUUUGACCGGUACUAUGCCAUCGUUAGGCAGCCUCAGGAGAAGAUCGGUCGUCGGAAGGCCCUCCAACUGUUAGUGGCGGUCUGGCUGACGGCUGUCAUCUUCUCCCUGCCCUGGUACCUGCUCCUGCGCACUCCCAUAGUGGUCCACAAGCGGGGCUUCUACCACUGUAUGUAUGUAUUCCACUCCGGCACCUCUCGAAUGGGAACUGGCUUCAGCAUCUCUCUGAUCGUGGUGUGUUAUCUGUUACCCUUUGCCCUCAUGUGUUUCUGCCACUACAACAUUUGUAAGACCGUCCGGCUCUCUGAGAUCAGGGUGAGGCCGGUAACCACGUACGCGUACCUCCUCCGGUUCUAUAGCGAGAUGCGAACGGCCACCACUGUGCUGAUCAUGAUCGUGUUCAUUAUCUUCUGCUGGGGUCCUUACUGCAUGAUGGGUCUGGUCACCGCCACGGGAGACUACUCCUUCAACCCUGCCAUGGACACCGUGGCCAUAUGGAUGGCCUGGGCCAAUGGCGCCAUCAACCCGCUCAUAUACGCAAUCAGGAACCCCAACAUAUCCAUGCUUCUAGGCCGCAGCCGAGAGGAAGGCUACAGGACUAGAAACAUCGCAGCCUACCUGUCCACACAGACCCAGAACAGGGACGUCAGGACCAGAGCAGACCACAUCAGAGACCGUUACGUCAGCAGGCACGGAGCCAACAGCCGCUUGUCUUCCUCCAGCCCCGCCAACGGUGGGGAGGUGGCGAUGUGGGCCUGCAAGAACCCCGCGGUGUUCUUCUGCCGGGACGGUCAGCCCGACACCGUGACCGAACCCGCGCUGCCAAAAGUGGAGACCGCGGACACCAGCCUGUGAUUACAGUUCCCGUGACGCACGGUGAAAUUCGGAGGGGACAUGUGUCUGUGCAAAACAUGAAACCGCUGCCAAACAAAACAUUGACAAACUGGAACGUGAGGGGAGUAAUUGCUAUUGACCAUAUCUAGAGGUAUAUUUUUUCUGUGAAAUGCCAAUUAACACGCAUUUGGGCACUUUUUCAGUAGGUAGCCUACAGUUGAUCAUUUUUAGCCAGCGCCAAUUGGUUCCUCUCUAUACACUGUGACAGAACGGAAUGCGUCUUUUUUCUUUCUUUUUUUAAACACACGUAGGCCUACUCAAUAAGAACAACAAUGUUCUUGGGUCUCCAAACCGAUGAAAAUCCCAUAGUUGUUUAUUUCUAAUAUGGGUCAAGGUUUUCAAAUUGUUCUACUAACAUGCCUCAUCUGUGCUACAUUAUGUCUGAACCUCCGGCACCAUGUGCCAUCCAUGUAUACCAGUUUGUGUCAGAUGAACACAGAUGAUCUACAUGACAGACAACUGUUUCAAAUAUAGCUCCGUAAAAUAAAGCAAUCCUCUUGCUCUGAUUGUGGGUACAAUGUGUUAAGGAGGUGGCCUGGACGUGAACCUACUUAGCCCUUAAGAAGGAGUCUUGAACGUCUUCUUGCUAGAUGUUUCUCCAGUCUAAUGUUUGACCCUGGGUUUCGGCUUACGAGCCAGUCUGUGUUCAUACCAUGUGGGAUACAGAAACCCAUAACGACACUAAAUGUCCUUUUUUGUUAUGUUUCGUUUCAAGAUUUCAUGUUUAUCUUUUAUGACACAAGUUCACUUGCUGCCCAUCAUGUUAGAUAGGCCUUGUACUUGCAAUCAAAUACAGACAAAGUAUUUAAUAUAAAGAAUUCCAGAGAAGCACAAUAUUUUGUAUUAGCCCUUUCCCAUUAGUUAUACUUCCCCGAUUUACAUAACGUCUGUUGAUUUGAAUGUGAUAACUUUAUUAUACUGUUUGCCAUGAAAACUUAACCGUGACUGGUCUUUUAUUUCUUUAAAUCUAAACUGGCUUGUUGAAUCACUUUUAUUUAACAAAUGAACUCAAUAAAUGUUUUAACAUAGCUUAAAUGUUUUCUAUGUAAUGUAUAUAGAGGCUUGUGCCUGAGCUAUUAGGAUGGUGACAAAGUAUACAUCUACAGUUGAUUACUUUUAAGUAAGGAAAUUGUAAUUAAUAGUAAAUGUAUUUGCUCAGAAAGAACAAACCCACAGAAAACACAUUAAGCUUCUCGUUUAGCAGUUUAACAGUUGCCAUGGUCACCAACAGUGCUCUUCAUUAAAUGCAACAUUAACAUCCAAAACCCAACACGUAAAAGCAGAGUUCAAGCAGCAGACACCCACUCGACACAUACCCUUUAUUUCUUUUAUUUCUGUCUCUCAAUAAUAGAAAGUUGAUUUAAAUAAUACAAAAGCAGUGAAGAAACAUCCCAGCUAUAUGAGAGGCUG